UGAAAAAUCACGAAUAUAAUCAUGUCAUGAGCGAACAUGACUCGUCGACGAUGAUCGCCACUCCAGAACGCCGAGCUUUAACAUCUCGAUCAUGGGCGGCCGCGGACGCAUAAAGCGCCAACAAGUCAACACCGACGAUGGCUGGACAGUCAUUACCCACGGGCUAUCGAAGCUCUCAGUCGGUGCAAAGAAGGGCAAAGGGAGUAGUCAAAGACACAAUGCUGCCCAAACAAACUCAAUGCCAACGGCCAUUGUAGACGGCUUGACAGCCGAAAAGAUGCUCCAGGAUUUCCACAACCGCACUGAGAAAUGGAAAACUACGGCGUGCGCGCAACAUUUGAAGAGUGUGUUGGUGAGGAGAGAAUGGGAUGUGAAUGAAGCUGUUUGUAUUGGUAUUGGCAGCUUUAGUCGCGAUUGGGAGCAUAGACAUAGGGCUAUGUGGCAGCUCGUUCUCUUCAUGUCUGUCGUUUCUUACUUGCGAGAGUCCGGUCCAGAGGUAAAACUCUACGCCCAAGAACCAGCCUUCGCCGACCUCGAUCACAAGUUCCUCUCCCUCCUGUCUAUCCACGUCUGCGCCGAAGACAUCGCGACAUACAUUACGCCUCGGUCUUUUGUUUUCAGUCCGUUUGUCGAUUGGUACAUACUCCUGCCGAUUUUCCUAAAAGGCAAGGAUCCAGUACUGUAUGUGGGUAAUGAGAUCUUGGACGACUAUGAAGCAUUCGCGCAGAGUGAGGAGAAGAGGGAGAGGCUGGGGGAGUGUAAUGAGUUGGGGCGGGAGUGGCUGGAGAAGAGGGAUGUGGUGAGGCUGGGGGAGUUUGAGAUGCAUCCGCAUGCGUUGAAUGGGAUGGUCGUGUAUUGGGUCGAGGACGAAAAUGGUGGUGAUAAUGGACUCGAGGCGAGCAGCAAAGAGAAACUUGAUGGAUCCACUAUAGGGCAGGCAAAUGACAGAGGGCGGAUGACAGGAGCAGAAGGGCAAAGUGAAGAAGCAGCAGGAAAGAACGCAGAACCAGAACCAAAAACAGAAAAAUGA